GAAACUGGACUUUAGUAGAACCAUAGUUGAAACCAAAAAGUUACACCGGGGAGAUGGCUCCCGCGAAGAAGAGCAAAGCGAAGAACACAAAAGCUGUCUCUUCUCAGUCUGCGGCUGAAACUUCAAAAUUUCCUUCUUGUGUUCGUUUAGUUCCUCCGAAUUCUGUGGGAAUAACAAUCCAUGCCAAACCAGGCUCCAAAAUUGCCACAAUUACCGAUUUCAAUGACGAGGCUGUAGGCGUGCAGAUAGAUGCACCUGCAAGGGACGGUGAGGCUAACGCUGCUCUGAUCGAUUACAUAAGCUCCGUCAUAGGGGUGAAGAAAAGGCAAGUGUCUGUAGGUUCUGGCUCCAAAUCAAGGGAUAAGGUUGUACUUGUAGAGGAGGUAAAUCUACAAACAGUAUUUGAUGCUCUGAACAGAGUUUGCAAGUUCCAUUGAUCAAGAGAUUUGGGAACUGAGGUCUCCGCCUCAAGUCUAAUUAUGUGAUCUAAAGCUUGUUGAUUAUUUUACGUAGCGACAGAAAUUAAAGUAUGAAGGUUCUACAGUUUUUCCCCGUCCCCCCCCUCCUCUGUACUUUUUUCUCUGCAUCAAGGAAAAUCGAACAGAGUAAAAUCUGUUUUCAUGCUGAUUUCUGGACAGUGUCAGAGACAAUUUUCUUCCUAUUCACUUCAUAAUUGUAAUUUGAACGUUUACCUGAUAAUCCUUUUUUAGUUACAAAUUAUAGGCUAAUGCUUUCUUGAACUA